CGGUAUUUAAGGCAGCGGUAGCCGGCCCGCAGCCACAAGUGCGCACUGAUGUCUCCGCGUGGCCAACUCGCCCUGUGCGUGCCGUUGGCGGUGCUGUGGCUGGUGCUGGCGCAGGCUGGACACUCGGCCCGCGCCCAGCAGGACCCCAUGCAGACGUCCACCAUGGGCGGCGCCUCGAGGUACUUACGCGAUCUCGACAAAUACUACACUCAAGUCGCCAGGCCCAGUACGCGGAGCGACCCGCUGACCUAUGAGGACGACGACGUUGAAUACAUCAAGGCAUCGCAGGCGCUGCGAAUGAUGAAGUUAAACGAAUUGAACAGAUUCUACAAGGCACGAUCUAGGCCACGAUUCGGAAAACGGACGGAAUUUCACUUUAAUUCACAGGAGCGUGAUAUAGCUGGUGUUCGGAGAAAUGGAGGUGUGAGUGUGGCAUACGAAAAUAGAUGACUCUCGUCUUAGAUUGUAGUUUGCAAAAACACACAAUAACUUCUUAUCGUUUAAAUUAUUUCUUAAAUUAACCACGUCACCCACCUGUUUGAACCUCAUUUUGCUUCAACUUUCAAUCACAAUAAAGUCAACUUGUCUGUUAA